AGAAGCCAUCAAGGUGCAACAUCAUUGUCCCACUGUAUCCCAAAGCUUACCUCACCAUGCCGUUCAAUCCGCCGGAGAAGAUGCGAGCCGUCGUGCUCAAGGGUGACUAUCAUGUCGAAGUCGAAGACCGCCCCUACCCGAAACUCCAGAAGCCGACCGAUGCCAUUCUCAGGGUGACGAGCACUGCGCUGUGCGGUUCCGACCUCCAUUUCUACCGAGGACAUUUGAAGUGCCCGCCGAACUUCAUUUGCGGACAUGAGUUUGUGGGAGAAAUCGUGGAGAAGGGAGAUGCUGUGAAGAAGUUCAAUAUCGGUGACAAGGUCGUCGUGCCCUUCUACACCGCAUGCGGAGAAUGCUACUUCUGCGUGCGAGGACAAGCCUCGCGAUGCUCAAAGGGCGAGCUUUUUGGCAACUCGGCGCCAGCGAACACCGUCGACGGAGGCCAGGCAGAGUACGUGAGAUGCCCACUCGCCGAGACGACAUUCGUCCUCGCGCCCAAGAACAUACCCGAAGAGAUGCUCGUGCUCAUGGCCGACAUUUUCCCAACCGGCUACUUUGCAGCCUCACGAUACCUCAAGAAUCUGCCGGAAAGAGAUCGAAAGGAGUAUACCGUCGUUUGCGUGGGUUGUGGUCCAGUCGGACUCUGCGCCAUCACUUGCGCUUUGACGAUGGUCGACAAGGUCUACGCCAUUGACUCCGUCCCCGAGCGUCUCGAGCAAGCAAAAUCCAUCGGCGCCAUCCCGAUCCAUCUCAACGACAACCCAGUCCAGAAGAUCAAAGACGCAUCUGGCGGAAGAGGCGCCGACGUCGUCAUGGAAGUCGUCGGCCACGCCGAUGCCUGGAACCUCUGCUUCGACAUGAUCCGCCCCUGGGGCGCCAUCAGCUCGAUCGGCGUACACACCGAGAAGUGGGAAGUCAACGGCUUAAUGCUGUAUGGCAAGAAUGUGCAAAUGGCUUUCGGCCGAUGUCCCGUGCGAAGCAUUUUCGAAGAUGCUUUGGCUUUGCUCGUGCAAGAGCAGAAGAAGGUGGCGUUUUUGUGCGGAAAAACUAUGCCGUUGGAAGAGGCGCCGCAGGCGUAUAAGGAUUUCGAACAGCGGAAGGUGCAUAAGAUUGUUUUUAAGAUAGGGGAUGUUGAGCAGAAGGAGAUCAAGGCCAAUGGGCAGUAAGUGUGUAUACCGUGUCGUAUGCUUUUCUUGGGAG